AUGUUCGAAAAUGGCAUUACUGCCAAGGUCAAUCUCUUGGAGAGGAGUUGUUCUUGUCGAAAAUUUAACUUGGUGAAAAUGCCGUGCAAACAUGCGAUGGCAGCUUUGCGAGCAAAGUAUGGUGAUGGCGAAGGUUAUGGUAACUCCAUCUAUGACUACUCUUCACCAAUUUAUAAAGUUGAAAGUUACCUCCUCGCAUACUCGAAAGCAAUUAACGUUGUCCCUCUGGAGGCCGAAGGGACUGUGCCACAGGAAUUGCUAAACACUAAAAUUUCUCCACCCCCCUACGAUCCCAAACUCGGAAGGAAGAAAUUAAAAUGCACUAAGGGUAUCGAUUUUAACCUUCAGUUGUAA